ACACACACACGCACAAAAGGAGAACAAGGAAAGAAUCAAGAAACGUGAAAAGCUCUUAAACCUUGUUUCAAUUCAAGUAUUCAUCAAGAAUGGCUCUAAGCAUUGGAGGCAGAAGGAGCAACAUCUUCGAUCCUUUCUCACUAGACAUCUGGGAUCCGUUUGAGGGCUUCCCUCUAUUCACCGGAACUGUGGCCAAUGUCCCAUCAACUCAGCGCGAGACAGCCGCGAUGGCCACCACACGGGUGGAUUGGAGAGAGACUCCAGAGGCUCACAAAUUCACUGUUGAUCUUCCAGGAUUAAAGAAAGAGGAAGUGAAAGUGGAAGUUGAGGAUGGAAGGGUACUCCAAAUCAGUGGAGAGAGGAGCAGAGAGCAAGAGGACAAGGAUGAUAAGUGGCAUCGAGUUGAGAGAAGCAGUGGCAAGUUCCUGAGGAGGUUCAGGUUGCCAGAGAAUGCAAAGAUGGAUGAAAUCAAAGCUACUAUGGAGAACGGUGUGCUUAAUGUUAUUGUGCCUAAGGAGGAGCCAAAGAAACCUGAGAUUAAGUCUAUUGAGAUCAGUACUUCUCGCUCCCAGGACCCAACUCAUACUUGAACAAAUUAUUGGGACUUGUAAUGAUCUAUAAAUGGGUGUCAGUAUGUAUAAUAUGGUACUAGUUCAAGCUUUCUGCUUGAGACAUAUGUAUGCUUCUUUUUUUUCUUCUUUUUGGCUUUCUGCAGGUUUCUUUUGUGAGUACUCUGUGCUAUAUGUAAUAGUAAGAUAUGAAUAAAUACAAUCCUUUUGUCUGUA